GUUUUCAUAUCACAAUUCAAUAGCAGCUCCAAGCAAGAUUUGCUUCCAUAUUCCCCAAGAUGACGAUUGUAGAGAUGCACGUGAACAUGGAUUGCCACGGAUGUGAGGAGAAUAUAAGGAAAGCUCUCAACAAGCUCGAAGGAGUGCACGAUGUGCACGUAGACUUCGACAUGCAAAAAGUGACCGUGGCAGGUUUCGUCGACGAGCGCAAAGUCCUCAAGGCCGUGAAGAAGACUGGCAAAACAGCUCAGAUCUGGCAGCAGCUACCCACCAAUGUCUACUACAACAAUUUUGACCAAUAUCAGUACUACGAUCAGAUGAAUUACGGCCGUUCGUCAUCGUCGUCGAGGUCAUACUACGCACAGCCCACUCACAUGACCCGUCACUACAAGCACGGCAAAUUAUUUGGGAGGACUAGUCGCGAAGUGUAUUAUCACCAACCACCAUACUCUCAGAUGGUGGAGGAAAGGGCCAUCACCAUGUUUAGUGAUGACAAUGUCAAUUCUUGCUCGAUCAUGUGAUGGGUUGCCAAAAAAGAAUUAUAGUUAUGUAUAUAUGUACAGCUGGUGUUCCCCCUUACGUUUUUUUAAUAAUGAGGAACCUUUGUUGUGUAAAUGGAGUCGUUAUACUAUCUAGAACAUAAGCUCAUGGUGUGUGAUGUUCAAAUUAUAAGUAGAUGGGCAAAAGACUUGAUUU